AUGGGAGGAGGGUCUGGAAAGAAGUCAAGAUGCAAAGCUAUUGCAUCAAAAAAAGAUUCGAAGAAUGAUGAAUCUAAAACUCAGGGUGAAGGAGCUUCAGAAGUGAAGGUGGAGCCCGAAUCUGGCCCUUCUUCUUCGCAGAACGAGGGAGAUAACGAUAACCAAUCCAUGGAGGACGAUCCUGAGAUGGUUAUUGACUACCUAAAGAUGACAUUUCCUGGUAUUUCUGAACAGUCCCUUGUAGAUGUCUACAAUGUAAGCGGAGGUGACCUCAAUGCUUCUAUUGACAUGCUCUCUGAGAUUGAGUUUGAUGGGGUUGACCUUUCUGGAAGUCUUCCGGACACACUGGGUAUUGGAGAUGUUUCAGAUAGUGUUUCAUCACCUGAUUCUGCUUCACCCAAACGGAAGAAUUCGUCAGCUGAAGCUAGUACUUCAUCAUCAAAUCCCCAUAAGACACCCAGAAAGCAUUGA